UCAAUUCUUAUCAAGGUAUUAUUUAUUUUAUAUUUUAUAUGUUUAAACAUAACCAAUUUAACAUUAAACUUUGGUCAAUAUGAAUAAAAAACAAAUAUCGUUCGGUAAAAUCAGUUUAAAUAUAAACAAACCUGCAAAAGAAGAUGCUUCAACAUCGGGAUUCGGUACGUUUGGUAGAAUACCAAUUCAAGAGCAAAAGGAAAUCGAAGAGAUAGCCGACGACUUGGAAAAUCAACAUGUACACAAAAUUAUGGGUAUUAAAAACUUCGGGAAGAAAGCGAAGAACUUUAAUGUCGAAGAAAUGAUGGAACAAGCCAAGAAAACAGCUCAGGAAGUCACCAAAAAUAAAGUAGACGCUGAAACCAAUAAAGAAAUACCAAAUAAUUCUGAAGGUGAAGAUGAUAGCUAUAUAGGUCCUCCCGCUCCUCCAGGAUUGCAAGACGAGAAUGAAGAACUAAUAGGACCACCAAUACCUAAAGAAAUUUUAGAAGGAAAUACAAAGAAUACCACUAAAGUAAACAGUACUUCUAAAGAAAAUGAAUCGAACAGUGAAGAAGACAGUUAUGAUGAAUUGAGUGGAUCUGAUGAUGAUGAAGUUAGCAUGGAAAAGAAGAUACCAAACACACAUGAGGUGGAAAUGCUUCAUGGUAGUAAAGCUGUGAUAGCUCUAGCUGUGGAUCCUUCAGGAGCACGGUUGGCAACUGGAUCUGUAGACUAUGAUGUAGCUUUCUGGGAUUUUGCUGGGAUGGAUUCAUCAAUGCGUUCCUUCAGAACACUACAACCUUGUGAGAAUCAUCCUAUCAAAGCUCUUCAGUACUCGGCAACUGGUGACUCCAUCCUAGUGGUCAGUGGUGCAGCGCAGGCUAAGGUCCUUGAUAGGGAUGGCUUUGAAGUGCUGGAAUGCGUGAAAGGGGACCAGUAUAUCACUGAUAUGGCAAAAACGAAAGGUCACACCGCAUCUCUAAACAGUGGUUGCUGGCAUCCGCACAUUCGUGAAGAGUUCAUGACAUGUUCACAGGAUGGCACUCUCCGUUUAUGGUUGACUGAGAACCCGAAACAACAUAAAUCCGUCAUAAAACCUCGACAACAAGGAGGUUUACGUACCAACCCGACCGCUUGCACAUUUUCUAGAGACGGGAACACAGUUGCUUGUGGAUGUUUUGAUGGUUCUAUACAGAUGUGGGACCAUAGAAGAAACUUUGUGAAUACCACAGCGUUACUAAGAGAUGCACAUCAAAAGCAAACUGAAAUAUCAAGUAUUUGUUACUCAUAUCUCGGUUCACAAUUAGCAAGUCGUGGUAAUGACGAUACUUUAAAAUUAUGGGAUUUAAGAUAUUUUAAAAAGCCACUAAAUAUAUUUAAUAAUCUAUUUUCAAGAUACGAACAAACAGACUGCGGUUUCAGUCCUGAUGAUAGAUUGAUAUUUACAGGGGAAUCAUUACAAAGGAACCAAGACAUCGGUAGACUAUUAUUCUAUGAUACAAAGAUGUAUAAACAUGUAACUAGUAUAGAAGUGUCUAAAUCUCAUGUAAUUAAAGCAGUAUGGCACGCUAAAUUAAACCAGAUCUUUGUGGGCUGUGGAAAUGGAACUAUAAAAUGUUAUUACGAUCAAAAAAGAAGUCUGAGAGGUGCAAAACUAUGUAUAGUAAAAACACAUAGAAAGAAAUCAUCCGUAGGGAUUGUCAGUACCCAACAAAUUAUCACACCUCAUGCAUUACCCUUAUUCAGACAAGAGAAACUAAGAACAAGUAAGAAAAGAAUGGAAAAAGAUAGAUUAGAUCCUGUCAAAUCAAGACGGCCAGACUUACCAAUCACAUCAGGUCAAGGUGGAAGAGUAGCGGCAUCUGGAAGUACACUCAGUUCUUUCGUGAUCAGGAAUCUUGGGUUAAGUAAGAGGGUUGAUGAUGAACAAGAUCCUAGAGAGGCUAUCUUGAAAUAUGCCAAAGAAGCAGAAGAGAAUCCAUUCUGGGUCGCUCCAGCUUAUAAAAAAACUCAACCGCAGCCGAUAUUCCAGAAUGAAAAUGAAGAAGGACCUGAUCCUAAGAAACAGAAGACAUCUUGAAUUUAUGUAAAGAUUUAAUGUAGAAAAUAUUUUAUUCUGUCAUAUGCAUUUUAAAGUGUCAUAUUCACUUGGAAAUGUCAUAUAUUUGAAACUGUCAUGUUCAUUUAUAAGUGUCAUUCACAUUCGACAGAAGUGUACUUAGCCUAAGUACAAUAAAAAUAAAUUGUCACGUUAUUUAACCACGUAAUUAUUAGAUGAUCAACGUAAAUAAGUCUAUUUAUAUAAUAAGGAAGGUUAUAAGUGUCAAGUACAUUUGUAAAUAAA